UGACUAGAGAUUACUUCAUGGAUGAAAUUAACACUUACAAAAUUUAUUUUUGUUAGUGUUGAAAUUAAUAACUAUUGUGUGCAUUGUUCCAAAAGUCAUCAACAUAGAAGUAUUUUUUUUCAUUUUAGAUAUUCUUACCAUGACUGUUUUCGAAUAUUAAUUUUUUUUUUGUGCUUGUGACAUGUCUAAUUCUCUUAACAAGGAUUCUUGACAUUUUAACAUUUAUGUAUUUGAUUAAUACAAAGUGAUCUAACAUUUAUGUAUAACGAGUGAACAUUGGAUAUAUUUAUGUAUUUCGUAGUUAGAAGUUAAGAUACUAUGUUUUUGUGAUAUGAAUAUAUCGAAGAUCAAGUUUGUACUAAAACGGCAACUAACCUAAAAUUUUUAAUUCGCACUUCAGAAGAAGAAUACUCUUGUCGAAAGCAUUCAAAUGAAUUGUGUUUCAUACUUAUGACAUACUUAAAUUUACUAUGGAGGAGAGAAGAGUGGCCGACUACUUUGUAGUUGCUGGCUUACCUGAUGAAGAUAAUGAUAGUUAUGAAGAAAAUAAUGUUUCAAAUGAACUAGAAGAUUGGUGCCAAGAAGGAACACAUCUAAAGGAUAUUCAUGUUCCACCACCUAUAACUGAUUUGGCUGUUAUAUUUCCAACACUUGGUGAAAAGUGUCCUGAAGGCUACUGUAUACUUAAUACUACAGUUACUGGAUUUCCUGCUGAUUUAAAUCAUGGAAGUUUACGAGCAAAUGAAUGUUACUUAUGUUAUAGAAGGGGCAGAGAUAAACCACCAUUGGUGGAUAUAGGUGUAAUAUAUGAUGGAAAAGAACGAAUAAUGAAAGAUGCGGAAAUUGUUGAGGAAACACCGACAGGACAUGUGGCAAAUGUUAAUAAUUCAACGUCAAGAAUUUUUGUAACUUAUAGACGUGCCAGCCGCAGAAUGCCUUGUAAUUCAUUGGUUGUUACUGACAUAUGUAUGAUUUUGGCGAAUAAAGGAGAGACACCCCCUCAUGCCUUUUGCAUAAUUAAUAAAAAUUUAAAUAAAGGCAUGUUGGGUAGCGAUGUUUUUUUGUGUUACAAAAAAUCAAUGAAUCGUGAAAAUUUAAUAUCAUUGAAACCAAAAAUACUCUACAAAUAUCCAAUAUUGGAUUAUAAUAAUUUUGUAUUUCCAAACUCAGUUGCUAUGUUUUGUUUACCAAUGGGUGCUACUAUUGAAUGUUGGCCGAAAAUUGCCUGUAAACCAAAACCAGUUUUUUCUACAUUUGUAUUGACAGUUGCUGAUGCUGCCCAAAAAAUAUAUGGCUCCGCGAUUACAUUUUAUGAAGAAAUUGUGCCCGAUUUGUACAUUCCAAAGUGCAAAGUUCAUACGGAAAGUUCAGAAACAACUAAUCACAAUUCUGAUGAAACAUUAGAUGUAUCAAAUAAAUCACAAAGUCAAUUGAAACUUUUUAAAAAGUUUAGUAUUUUGAAAAAAUUAAAUACAAAUCAAAUGGAAAAAUUGCAAUUCGUUGAUCCUGAUACUCAGUCAUUAAAUCUGAGUAAAUCAAUUUGUAUUUUAUCUCAUUGGCCAUUUUUUGAUACUUUUGAAAAGUUUUUGGUUUUUUUACACAGUAUGGUUGAUGGUAAACCACAGAAUAUUCAUAUUGAAAAGUACAUAUCAUACUUUUUGUGUGACAUACCAUUUCCAAGUCCUCAAAGACCGAGAAUACUUGUACAAUUAAGUAGUCAUGAUCGUUUAAUUUUAACUCAACCAGAGGAUUUGGCUUUGCCAAGAUCUGGUGCAAGUUUUAGACAGUUGUUAAUAAAUUUAGGUCCUGACAAUUGUAUGUUGAUUUUACUUUUAAUAUUGACGGAACAAAAAAUUUUAGUUCAUUCAUUGAGACCAGAUGUACUUACAUCUGUAAGUGAAGCAAUUGCCAUGAUAUUAUUUCCAUUUAAAUGGCAAUGUCCAUAUAUACCAUUGUGCCCUUUAGGCUUAGCAGAAGUUUUACAUGCUCCAUUACCAUUCCUCAUUGGUGUAGAUUCUCGAUUUUUUGACUUAUACGAUCCGCCCAAUGAUGUUAAUUGUGUUAAUUUGGACACCAAUAAUAUAGCUGUUUGUGAUGACAAAAAAUAUUUAAAUAUUAAACUUUUACCCAAAAAGCCUGCGAGAAUGCUCAGAAGCUUAUUGGAACUUUUGUAUUCAAAGUUGAUUUCUCUUGGUAAAAACUAUUCACAAAAAGAAAAAGGCGAUGAAGAUUUUAGUGUGGAUAAAGAAUUCCAACAAAAACGAAAAGAACAAGUUUUAGAACUUGAGAUACAAGAUGCUUUUUUAAGAUUCAUGGCAAUGAUAUUAAAAGGAUAUCGUUCGUUUUUAUUGCCAAUUACAAAAGCACCCACUGUUGGAUCCACAGAUCCUACGAGUUUAUUUAACAUGCAAGCUUUUUUAAGAAGUCGUGACAAAGCUCAUGCUAAAUUUUAUAGUAUGCUCGUAAGAACCCAAAUGUUCAUCAGAUUCAUUGAAGAAAGAAGCUUUGUUUCUGACAUGGAUAUGGCUGGUUUAGCGUUUUUUGAUGAAUGCACUGAACGCGUUGAUGAGGAAAACGUAAUGCUUUUGGAACUUGAUGAAUCUCAGCAUAGUGAACGGACAGUAUUUAUUCCACCUCCAGAAGCUGGACCAAAUGUACAACAAAUAACUUACGAUACAUUUAAACUGAAUCCUGAUUUAAUGAAACCCCAAAAACAUGUCAAUUUAAAGAAUCCAGUAUUCAGUGACUUUACAAUUGUACCUGGAAGUCCAAUGGCUCGUAGAACAAAACAUGAAAUUAAAAUUGCUCAAAAGAUGGCUAGAAAACAAGCGGCUAUGCCAGAUCGAUGGAGCAAAUGUUUACUUGGGACCUGUUACAGUUUGUGGUUUUUGCAUCUACCAGCCAUGCUACAAACUUCAAGUCAACCUGCAGCUGUUUUACAUCAAGGCUAUGAAUUACUUGUUAAAAUGCAAAAAUUGCAUUUAGAUCCAAUGGAAGAGGUUUGUUAUAGAGUAAUGAUGCAAUUAUGUGGUUUAUAUGGUCAACCAGUGUUAGCAGUAAAAUUAUUAUUUCAUAUGAAGCGAAGUGGAGUUCAACCAAAUGCACUUACAUAUGGUUUUUAUAAUAAGGCUGUAUUAGAAGCAACAUGGCCUUCUGAUAUGACGAAUUCGAGUCAGUUAAUGUGGAAUAAAUUGCGUAAUGUGAUAGUUGGCGCUGCAUUAUUCAAAAGAGCCGGAGUAAGAAGUGCUAGAAAAAGAUUAUGUUCAAGUAGCGACAUAAUAUCGUCCGAUGAUAAAUCUUUAAGUAUGGCACAUGCUAUUUCAAGGUCAAGUCUUGACAGUUCACACUCGCAAGACACUGAAGGUAUACAUGGUAUUUCACUGAAGGGUAGUUCAGUACCAGAUCUGUCCGGAUUCAGUCUAAACGAGAUGAAAACGAAGCUUCCUCGUCAAAGUAGUAUUGUAAAAGAUUCAACAAUACUUAGUGCGACACAAACUGAGAUGUUCGAUCACUCUUCUAAUAAUUUCAGAAUCAAACGCAAUGUAGAAUCACCUUUAAGAAGUCCUAUUCGAACGCCUGUAACGGAAAAUGAUCCAUUGGGUGCAUUAAUAAAUGACGAUACACCGAUUGUAUCACCUUGUGACGAAAACGACUCCAACUGUUCUUCAAGCACAUUAACUAUUUUAAACAGUGCAAUCGAAGACCGACCUGGUGGUCCUGUUUUAUUUAGAAGCCAUAUCCUUCCACGAAGUGCAACUUUUCAUCAGGCUGUUGAAGAUUUAACAAUUGGUGGUCAUUUACAAAGAAGUGAAACAAUGCCUCAUUCUGUAACUUUGCAAGGAGAUCAAGAGAGGGAAAAAGAGAGGGCAGAACUCGGAAAUCUUUGGAUUCAAAACAAAGACAGUGUUACAUCUAGUUUAUCCAGUAUUGGUUCAAGUUUGAAACUCAGUUUUGGUACCUCAAGUUUAACUGGAAAGAAGUCAAAUGAAAUAAUUCAAGGCGGUUUAAAUAGUUUGAAAUCAGCCGCUACGACAGUGGUGAAAAAAUUCGAUGAAAUCAAAGAAGCUAUAUCGGCUAAUAGCACUCCAGUAAAACUAAAAGAGCGUGAUCAAAGAAUGGGUUUUGAAGUAUCACAUGAAUCGUUAGAUUCACUUACAGAUGGAUCACAACAAGACCGCAAUGAACUAUUUACAAGGAUGUCUAGCGACGCUAAUGUUGAAUUAAGUGCUCUUUACGAAUUAGCAGAAUGUUUAUAUCCAAAAUUACCAAGAGAUACAGAAGAUCGUCUUGCAGUUGAACUUAUUCUUUCAAGUGCAAGUAGAUGUCAUAAUUGUUCAUCUAUUCUUUACGAUGAAGAAAUAAUGGCCGGUUGGCAACCUGAAGAUUCGAAUUUAAAUACAAUUUGUCAAUUUUGUGAUAAAGCAACUGUACCAUUGCUAACUGUAACGGUACUUGAUUACAGAUGUGAAGAAGGAGAAAAAAAUAGUGAUCCACUAUCAGAUGCUUUAGUCGAAUUAAUGCAGAAGCCACGUGAAUUGACAAAUCCAAUAACAGUACCGUACCUAAAUCCUCUUGUUUUAAGAAAAGAAUUAGAGAAUGUUUUAGAUCAAGAGGGAGAUUCGUGUCUAACGAGGAAUAAAUUUAUUCUUGAACAUCCCAUUGUUUAUUGGAACCUUAUAUGGUAUUUUGAAAGGAUUAAUCUUUUUAGUCAUUUGUCUGAAUUAUGGCUAAAUAACGAAGAAGAAAAUGAAUUACAGACAUCUUCUGCAUUAAUUGGUGUCAGAACAAUGUGGGAUAAUGAAUGUCUUCAUCAUUACCGAUUACCAAUGUAUUUGCAAUGGAAGAUGAAUGCAGACAGAACGUCAAUGCAGACAAUUAUUACCAGUGUUCGGCAUAACGAUCUAGUGGAACCUAUAAGGAGGCUUGCAUUAGAGAGAAGUAAAAUAUUGUCUGAAGAUCAAGAAUCGUUUUCUAUAUAUAGGGAUAUUCUUUUCUUAGCCUUUACUGUCCUUGGUAGAGGCAAUAUUGAUCAGGGAGCAUUUGAUCGCGAAUAUAGUCUCUCUUUAGAAAGGUUAUCAGAAAAUGAUGAAAAGCUGUUGAGACAUGUAGAUGCUGCACCUUCCUUGAUGACUCUCUUCUGUAGGCAUUACUUUAAACAAUUAAAUGUAUAAAAGUUAAAAAGUCUAUUUUUAAAAGGCUGAUAAAACAAAUGUACCAAAAAAAGUUUGUUUUUGAAAAAAAAUUUCUGAAUAUUUUAAAAAUGUUAUAAUUCCUCAAAAAAAAUAUGUACUAACCAUUAUUUUUUAUUCAUCUCUUUAUAUUUUCUAGAUGGUGUUACAAAAAUUUAACAAAAUAAUUACAGCGAAAAUUUUUGACUUAUUUUUUUAGCUUAACUAUUUUACCAAAACAUUCGAUAUAAUAUAUAUGUUUUAAUCAAUUAUUUAUAUUUAUUUUUUUAAAGACAUGUCCUAGUUAAGUAACGCCACUACAAUAAAUACUUAGGAAGAAAAAUGGUUUUUAACAACUUUUCAUAGAUAUUAUAAAAUUUUAUAAGCCUACAUUAAACUUACAUAUUCUUUAUUGUUGAAAUUAUUUAGAAGAGUUUAUUUAUACUCGAUUUAAUCAAUUGAACUUCAUGAGUCUAGAUUGAACUUGAAACGUUAUGAAUAGUUCUGAAAAUUCAUUAUUAGACCAUUAGAGUCCAAUGUAGGCUUGGGAGACCCACUUUUGUGUUAUCCAAUGAAGGCUAAUUUUAUUUGAAUAUUUUAUUUACUUGUACAUAGUAUACAUAUUAUACAUUAUUAAAUAGGGCUCUUGUAAAAACGGAAUGAUGAAUUUUAGUUUGUUUUAUUUGGAAAAAUGUUUCAACCACAUGUGAUUCACUGCACAAGAACAAAAUAUAUCUUUUGCCAUUUUACUUAGAUUAAUUUUAAUGGAUUUUACUAUUGUGUUCAGUAAAAUAAGAAAAUGAAAAUAAAUUUCUUGAAACAAAAUAAUUUUUACAAGCAACAACGUUUAAAAUUAUGUUUUUGAGAUUCAAAGUAGACUCAAGAGGACCAAUUCAGCGUAAUAGUAGGCAAAUUUUACAAUUAUGUUUAAUCCAGACUUAUGGUGUUUAAUUUGGAAUUAAUCAAUUGACUAAAGGAAUUGCAGUAAGAUGUAAUGUAAAAGUUGUUCAAAAUUUUUCUAUUUUACAAGUAGUAUUUGCUGGUGGUAUUACUUGUCAAAAGGAUAGCUUUAAAAAUUAUAUAAUUAUUUUUUUAAAAAUAACAACUUAGAUUAAUUCAAAUUUCAGUUUUUCUACUGUUUCAGACAAUACACAAAAAAAUCUGUAUGUCUUAUAUUUGUUUUGUAAUAAAUAAUCCGAGGUGUUUUUCUAAUAAAAUGUAAAAUAUUUUAUUAACAACGUAAAAACUAAAUAUUAGAUGCUUUCUGCUCAACGAAAAUGCAAGGAAAAAUUAUUGUAUAUGUAUAAAAUGCGGCGACUUUGCAUAAACAUAAUAAAUAUUCUCUCAUAGAUA